AUGGUUGCGAUGCCACUGCAGGCCCGUCGGGCGACCUUCACCUUGAUCGCAGUAUCAACUGGUGCUGGGGCCCUGCAGAUUUCGGUGCCCGUCUAUCGUUUUCAAAUGGGCAGUAUUCUUCCUGCGACUCCGAUGUUGCCUCGCACUGUUCAGAAGAUCCACGCUGGCAGCGAUGAUGGCCCUCAUGGCAUUAGCAUGCCCCCUGAUGAGGUCGACCCCAACAGCCCUCAAGCUGUCUUCUUCCUGUCCACGGUGUCGAAGGCUUCGCGGUGGAUACUGAGGCUGGACAUGCCUGAUGGUGGCCUUAGCGACUGGAGACUCUGGUGCGAGCCGUUCGUUGAAGCCAAGCUCCGCUCUCUUGAAUGGGCGGAGACCGAGAGGCUUCGAACUGGACGGACGUUUGCCGAGAUGGCCACCGACAUCUGCGCUGCAGCAUGGCGUCGCUCGACCGAGCGCCGACGCAGCAUCGUCCAGUACCUGGGGCGGGGGAAGUCGCACGAGUCGCACGAAGUCUGGGAGCGCGCCGUCGCCCGGGACUGGUCUACACUUCGUUUCUUUCGGCGUGCGAUGAGGUCUUACCUGCUCAGGUAUGAUGGCUCCACGGUCCCGCUCGCCAUCAGUGAGCACGACGAGGACUGUGAUGGCGAGAUGCUCCCACCGCUGGCAGUGACUUUGUGCGCUCGCGGCGCCUUCGUUCUGAACUGCUCGCACAUGGACCCUCUCCUGCACCGCUUCCUUUCCCUCGCGCUGAAGGUGGUGAGUCCUGGCAGCACCAACAGCUUGGACACCGCCGUCGACAUGCCGCGGCAGGUUUCGAAUGGCGACAGCCUACCACUCAGCAAGCACAUCGUCGCAAUGCAGCACCGCGACGACAAGGGCGCCAUUGCCAUCAGCCGCUGUCUCGACAGCCUAGUCAUGCACAUCAGGAGCCCCCCCGAGCUGGAGGUUGAGGCGAUCUGGCAGCUCAGGCAGUUUUGCGCGGUGACAUCGGUUCUGGUCGGGCCAGCCACUUCCAGCCUGACGAUGCUGCACCUAACGUCCCUCGCCCUGCUGCGGGAGAGUCGGAUUCUGAAUGGAAUGAAGAUAGUUUACGACAGCACCUCAGUGGAUGCGCCGGCCACUGGGUUG